UUGCCGUGCUUAUUUGUUUGUGUUUUUGGUUUUUGUAAAAUGUGAAAAGUUUCAAAAACUUAUGAAAUUUAUUUCGUUUAUUUACCUCGAAUAGGAACAUGGGAGUUGAGGGUCUUUGGAGACUCAUUGAAUCAUCAGGAACUCUGGUGCCCCUGGAAACAUUGGAAAAUAAAAUAUUAGCUGUCGAUAUAUCUAUAUGGUUGCAUCAGUGCGUGAAAGGCUAUCAAGAUUCAAAAGGACAAUCCGUUCCAAAUUCCCAUUUAAUCGGUAUAUACCACCGAGUAUGUAAGCUUUUGUAUUUUAGGAUAAAACCGAUUUUUGUUUUUGAUGGUGGAGUACCAGCAUUAAAACGUCAAACCAUUGAAAGACGAGUCCAAUCAAAACUAAAGAAUGAAGCUCAAGCUGGCAAACUUCAAAGACAGCUUUUGAGCGUUCUGUUAAAACACACCGCUGUUAGUAAAGUAUUAACAGAUAAAAUAGAAGCAUCACUUACCUCUGUUCCCAAAAUCACUUCCAAUAAAGGUCAAGAUGAUUUGUUUGUAUUGCCACAAAACACGGAACUGGAUAGUACAGUUUCUAGUUCGGAAGAUGAGUCUGAGUGGGAAGAAACCAGCGAUUCUAGUCCCACUAAAAACUACGAUUUACAUACUAUUGAUGUAAAUAGUGCACAUUUUAAAUCGCUGCCAGCUGAUGUACGUCAUGAAAUUUUAUCUGAUUUAAAGGAAACAAGGAAGCAGUCAUCAUGGGGUCGAAUUCAUGAACUGCCUAAGGAAAGUGAUGGUUUCUCCACAUAUCAAAUGAAAAGAUUACUCAAAAGGCAGGCCGUUCAGACAGCCCUAGAAGAAACUACAAAAGAGAUGGGUGGUAAAAGUUUGAGUUUGAGUGAACUUGAGUCGGUAUUAAAAGAUGAAGGGAUUCUAAAAAAUGAGAAUAUUGGAAAAAGGAUUGCCUCUGACAAUGUUACAAGAUACGUCUAUAUAAAAGAUUUGAAAAAAGCCUUAGAGGAGGAAAAAAACAGCGAAAAAGAAAAGCUUGAAGACAUCCCUGAAACCGAUGAAGAUCUAUCCGUGGUCUCUGAAGAAAAACAGAAAAAUAAAGCUGACUUAGAAUAUGAGGAAGAUCUCCAGAAAGCUAUUGCUUUAUCUUUACAGGAAGAAUCUACAAACAGUGAUGAACCCAGCAGUUCUGGUAUAAAUAAAACUAAAAAAGUUAACAUUGCUGAAUUUUCGUUUUUGGAUAAUUUUGAUGAUGCCGAUUUUGCAUCUAGUUCCAGCGAUGAUGAAGAAGAAACCAUAAAAAAUCGUAGGGCUAAGUUGAAUCAAGUACAUGGAUAUAUGUUGGAAAACAGUGGUCUAACGCCUAUGGAGAUUCAACGUAUCUUGGGAGUAAAUGAGGAAAAAAGGAAGAAAUUAAAGGAGAAAUCUAGUGGUAAAAUAUUAGAAGUGAUACCCGAAAAAGAUGAACAUUUAAGAGAUAAUUUAGAAAUGAAUACCAAUACAUCAAAUAAUGUAGCUGUAAAUAAAGAUGUGCAGCUAAUAUUGUCAGACGAUUCUGAUGAUAACACUAACUUGGAUAGAUCUAAAGACAGUAAAAAUAAAAACAAAGAAACAAUUAAUGAUGACGUAGAAUUUAUGUCUUCGAGUGAUUCUGAAUCUGAAGAUGGACUUAACAGUUCAAAAUUAGAAAAAGAAGAAAGCAAAAAUGAUAAGAUAUCUGAUAAGUCAGAUUCUGGAAUCUUUGUUGAAGAUUCAAUCAAGAGAGAUGUUUCAGGCAAAGCUAUUGAAAUAAAUAUUAAUCCCGAUGAUACAUAUAAAGAAGAUGAAGACCUAUUUAGUGACAUAUUUACUAAAAAAGAAAUAAAUAUUGGUCAUAAAUCAUUGGACAUGCAAACAGGAGCAAAUGUGGAACAAAAAGAGCCUUCUGUUGUUAGCCUGAAACAAACUGAAAUUGGAUUUGUUAAAGAUAACAUUGAAGUUAAUAAAAAUAAGGAUUUAUUAAUUGAUAGUGAAGGUAGUGUGGUAGGAGUUAAAGAUACAACAAUUAAUGCAAAGCCCACAGAAAAUACUGAUGACAAUACAAUAAUUGCAGAUAAUUCAAGCUCAUCUGCAGUUAUUGAUGAAAACAAAACACAAAUUAAUAAUGUGGUGGUCAGUGCAAAUGAUAAGGCAGAACACAAUAAAGAUGUGGAACAAAUAGAACCCAAAGUGAUUGCAAAUACUGCCAAAAAGGAUGCUUUAACAGAACAAGAACUAGUGAAGCUUAGAAGCGAAUUACACAAAGAAAAAGUUAAUUUGCUGAUUGAGAAGUCUUCAAAGGAGAGAAUAGCCAGUAAUAUAACUGAAAAAAUGUACCAGGAAGCUCAGGACCUGUUAGAACUAUUUGGUAUCCCGUACGUCGUAGCCCCCAUGGAAGCGGAAGCUCAGUGCGCUUUUUUAGAAGAGAUCAAUCUGACCGACGGCACCAUCACCGACGAUAGCGACAUCUGGCUGUUUGGCGCCAAAACCGUGUACAAAAACUUCUUCGACAAGGACAGGUACGUGAAGGAAUUUCGGGCGAGCGAUAUCGAGCACCAUUUCAAGCUGUCUAGGGAUCAGAUGAUCCUGUUCGCUUUGCUGGUGGGUAGUGAUUACACGGACGGAUUGCAAGGAGUGGGACCUGUGACCGCUAUGGAGAUUCUGGCAAAUUUUCCACCAGCUAGAGGGAUAUUUGGGAAUUUUAGAUUGUCUCAUGCUGAACUCUUAUCAGGUCUACGUGAAUUUCGGGCCUGGUACACGGAAAGGAAGUCGCCUAGUAUGGGCAGAACUCUAAAAAACAAAAUCAAAAAUGUUACCUUUCCCGAAAAUUUUCCUAGCGUUCAUGUGGUGCGAGCGUAUCUAGAACCGAACAUUGAUAACAGUAGGGAACCGUUUUCUUGGGGCAAACCGAACACAAUAGAGUUGAUCGACUACGCUGCGGAAAAAUUCGGGUGGACCAGGUUGAAAAGCGAAGACAUCCUAACUCGAGUUAUUCGAAGAUUGGAAGAAGUGAGGCAUCAGAAGACUAUCAAGGAUUAUUUCAAAACGAAAUAUAAGAUACAUUCACAUGAGCCUACCAAAGAUUUAAGUAAACGAGUCAAAUCCGCACUUAUAGGUAUGGGAAAAGAUCCCUCAGAAAUAGCAACUAAUGAAAAGGAAUUAAAGAAAAAGGAGAAAAAACUACCAACAAAGGGAAAGAAAUCUAAGGAACCAGAAAACGGUGAAGAAGUCACAGCUCCUGAGUUUACUAAGAAAAAUCGUACUUUAAAAGAUACGGAAAUCAAGGAAAAAAUUGAUAACGAAGCUGAGGAAAAAAAUGAUACCUCAAAGAAGAGAUCAAAGGUAGAUAAAUCAGCACCUGUUCAAUUGAAGAAACUGAAAUCUAAACCAAUAUCUAAUGAAAUGGGAAAUGAUAGUUCCCAAAAUAAGGAAACCAAUCAGAAAAAUGAUAAUGAAGCACCAAAAAAGAGAUCAAGCAGCUCUAGAACUCGCAAAUCUGAGACAGUUCCAAAGUCAGAAGAAACCUCAAGUUCUGCAAUGCUACAUCAGGAAAAAAUUCAACCAGAGGGAAAAAAUGAAGAUGAUAUAAUGGAAAAAAAUAACACAAUUAGGAAGAAAAGGCCAGUGAGAGGAGCUAGUUCUCAAAAUAAUGAAACUAAUCAGAAAACUGAUAUUGAAGAUGCAGAAAAGAAUGUCGUACCACAAAAAAGAUCAAGAAUUUCUAGAGUUCCACAGUCUGAUGCAGUUCAAAAGCCAGAAGACCCUACAAGUUCUGCCAUGCCACUUCAAGAAGCAACUGAACCAGACGAAGAAAAUGAAGAUGAUAUUAUAACGGAAAAAAUUAACAUAAUUAGGAAGAGAAGGGCACUGAAAGAAGCAAAAUCUUCAGUUGGUAAAAAAGAUGCAAAUUGUAGGAAAGAAAAAGCGAAGAAACUAAUUGAAGAGGCUAUUACAGAAGAUCUAGCUGUGGAUGAAGAAAUGAAAGUACUGUCACAAGUAUUAAAAGAAUCUAAGGAAAAGGCAGAGAAGAUUAACAAAGAUGCCGAAAAACAGUUUGAAAUAUUAGAAGGGAAAUUAUUGGAGUCGCUUCCUGGUCCAUCAACUUCAACCUCACAACCACCACCCAAGAGACCAAUCGCUAGAUCGACUAAGGUUCCCAAAAAAGAAGUUAUACCCCAGAAGGAAAAGGACAAAAGCCUGCUUCUGAGGAAUAAGUUGAAAGCGAUCGAAACGUUUAGGAAAGGAAAACGAGGGCCUGGUUACGUUCAGAAAAAAGAAAAGCGAAAGAUGUAUCCAAAGUUGGAUGCCGAGCUUUCUGAAGACAGUCAAUAAAGUACAAUUUUUAAUAUGUUAAAAUAAUAUGUAUUCAUAUCAUAUUGUGUUAUGCCUUUUUUUAUGUAAUUUAUUUAUGUAUAUAUUUAUUAUGGUUAUGCUUAUAUUUUUUAAAAUAAACCU